UAACAUCAUAAAUGCACUGAGGCUGUGAAGAGGGAACUUGGAAACGUCUAGUAAUGCGACGCCAAAGCAGACUGAUAGACACCAGAACAAAUAUAGUCCUACCUGAUUUAAAGGUGUUUACUCACUAACCAUCUUUUUCUGCAGUUGUGGGGAAUUUCUCUGGAUUUUUUUUAAAUCAAGUGCUCUUUUGGCUCUUUUUGGUUGUGCCAACUGAAAAUUGAAAAGUGGAGAUGAAUUCUACCGCUUUCAAUCAAACGGACAGUGCAGGACUUUUCAAUAAGACUGAAGAUAUAUUUUGCUGUAACUUUUCAUCAGUGGUGACUGAUAAUGGCUUCGUGGCGGCGACUCCGGAUGAGAGAAGUCUCUUUCUCAUGAGAGUUGUCCAGAUAGCAGUUAUGUGCGUGUUAUCGCUCACGGUGGUUUUCGGUAUUUUCUUUUUGGGCUGCAAUCUUCUCAUCAAGUCGGAGGGAAUGAUCAACUUUUUGGUGACGGACAGAAGACCAUCCAAAGAGGUAGAAGCAGGCAUUAUUGGGGCAUAUUAGUAGCCUAAAGGGCGCUUUGGGAGACUUUGUCGAAAUGACUUGUCCUACCACUGAUGCGCAGAUGAUGAAUCCACUUUUCACCAACAGCAGAGACAGAGACAGAGAUACAUGAAUGGUCAAGUAUCCACAUAAGAACCAGUUUCUAUUGUUCUGUUCUCGACAGUUUGCAAAAAUGUAGGACAGAACAGGCCUAUACUUAGACACUGUAGACACGCACAUCUCCAAUAAUUAGCCGAAAUUUGCUCUCACUUUUUUGACAAACACUCACGUAAUUUAAUAUCUAGACGCUCUCUAAUUGUUAUAGCCCUUUUGUCAAAGUGACAAUCGUUUUUUACUUCAAAUACUGUCUCAUAUUGCUAAAGCAAUGGGGAUAAAUGAAUGUUUGAAAAAUGCAUAUUGUAUGUUUUUUUGCAUACAUGCAAGACAGUAUAAUGAUUUGAUCAGUGUGCCUAACGCGUUUCCUAUUGAACAAUUGUAGAUAAUGAGUGGUUAAUGUAUGAACGUUGGAGAUAUAACAAUACAACAACAACACUAGCUUUGUUUAUUAGAAUAAAUGAAUUCCCUAAUUAUGUUCAAGAUUUUUUCCUUUUGAUUGAUUCAGCAUUUCCAUCAAUCUGUUCUCACUGUUAAUUUGUGAAAAUCAGAGCUACAGUAGGGCUAGUUGUUAGAGCGUGGCGCUUGUAAUGCUAAGGUAGUGGGUUCGUUUCCCGGGACCACCUAUUCGUAAAAUAUAUGCAUGUAUGGCUAAGUUGGAUAAAAGCAUCUGCUAAAUUGUAUUGAAGUCAUUGUUAUUACAAAGCCUUUCAAAAUAUAACAAUUCUUCAACACCAAUAUAUAUUUUAAAAAUUUUAUUAUUUAUUAUUCUCAUAUCGCAAACUAAACAUUUUUAUAUAUUAUAUUCAAAGUGUGCAAAUGGCAUUCAUUUGACAGGGCACAUUGAAAGAGAAUGUGUGACAUUUGCACCUUGUUGUCUUGCAGCCUAAUGGUAGACCACUGAAACCAAUGUGAUGAUAAGGGUUGGUUUUUCCACAAUUGAUGUGUGACGUCCUGGUCCCAUUGAUCAUUCUGGGUUUUAAUGGAAACCUGCCUGACUGUGUUUGUUCCAUAUCAGAUGCUCAGGAAAUAUAUACACUCUAAAUGCAACCCAACUAUUCGUAGGGUGUAGGAUAUGCAUUAUGACCAAAAUGAGAAUUUAGACCACCAUUUGUCUGGGGACCUUAAACAUGAUCAGUUGACAAAUGUAUGGCAUUAAUCCGCUAGGACUUAUCAUGCUUUGGUCAAUUCAUUCUCUCUGAAGUGAUGGACUGAUGUUUUUUUAUUACAGUCUUACUGUCUUAGACAUAGGCAUAUAUGCACAUUAUUUACAUUCAUUAUAUAAACAUACAUUUUUUUGUGUGGUGUAGAUGGUUUAAAAUACAUGUAAUUUUUACGCACACUAUUAUUUAUUGCACUGCAGUGACUGACAUUUUCUCAUUUUCUGUCUGCAUUAUAAAGUUGUUCCUGUAUAGACCAUUGUGCGGCUUCUCUCC